CCAAAAACUUUUUCUCCUUUGUUUUUAAAGACGAAAGAGCCAUGCCUAAAAGGAAGAGCAAGCUGUAAGCCUGUAAGCAAUGGAGAGGAGCCGGCGUCAACGUCCAAACCCUUCCUCUUCAUCUUCAUCUUCGACGCGUUCGCAGUCAUACAGAAGAUUCCCUUCUAAUCCGACCCAAAAUUCCAAAUCUCCAAGCACAAACCGCGAUGCCCCUGGCCUUGCUAAACCCAGAAGAGCUGGUCAAGAAGACCGAGACGUGGACGACCCUUCCAAUCGUCCCCUCUUAGUUGGCACUUGCCCCUUUAUGUGCCCAGCGGGUGAAAGGGCCCAACGUGAGCGUCUACGAGAUUUAGCUGUGUUUGAGAGGCUGGAUGGGAAUCCUAGAAAAACGUCUUCUGAUCUUGCUGUCAAAAAGUUUUGCAGAACUAUAUCCAUCAGAGAUGUGCAAGCAUCAGAUAUGCGACCUCUUCCAGUAUUGGAAGACACAUUAGACUACCUUUUAAGCUUGUCGGACUCUACAGAAUAUCCUUUUCAAGUGGUUCAUGACUUCAUUUUCGAUAGGACAAGGUCAAUAAGGCAAGAUCUGAGCAUGCAGAAUAUUGUCAAUGAUAAAGCAAUCUACAUGUAUGAGAAAAUGGUUAAAUUUCAUGUCAUUUCUCUUCAUAAGCUACGAAGUUGUAGUAGCGACCCAAAUAUUUCUUCAGUGCACUACCUUAACAUGGAGCAGCUUGCGAAGGCUCUAACAUCUCUAUUUAAUCUGUACGAUGCAAAUCGAUGUUCCGAUUCUAUUUAUGAGAAUGAAGCCGAGUUCCAUUCAUUUUAUGUGCUUCUUCAUCUUGGUUCUAACAGCCAACCAACGGGAGAAUCACUUUCUUUGUGGUUUCGUCAUGUGCCCAUUCCAAUAAUCAAGUCAAAGGAAAUGUGUUUUGCUCGGAGAAUCUUGCGCUUUUUCCGAAUUGGAAAUUAUAAGCGUUUCCUUCUAAGUGCUGCAGCUGAGGCAUCCUAUCUACAGUAUUGUAUCAUUGAACCCUAUAUCAGUGAGGUACGAGCACUGGCUUUGUCAUGUAUCAAUAAUGGUGGGUACAAGCUUCAUCCAUAUCCACUGGCACACCUAUGCAAACUCUUGAUGAUGAAGGAAUCAGAUUUGGUAUCAUUUUGCAAUGCUUGUGGUCUUGAAACGAACACAGACGAAGCAGGAAAUAAGUUGUUACCCACCAAGCAAACAACUUUUUGUUGUCCCAAGGGAGGGUUUCAGAGCUGCAGCUUUUCAGGUUUGCAACCAUUGGAGAGAUAACUUGAAGAGAUUUCUUUUUGUUUGUUGGGUUGAGCUUUCAGAGAACACCAUCCUUCACCCCUUUGGCUAUAGAUUAAUGGAUAUGUGUGUCUGUGUAUGCAAUUUGAGAGUAUCGUUUGGCAUGGGCCAAAAUAAGAUAAUCCAAGAGUCGAGCAAGAUAGAACAGAUAAUUUUGCACACUGAAGAAGGGGUGAAUUAGCAUGCACUCAUGGCUGGACUGCUACAUGGUUUCUGUAUAUUUGCUCUGACUGUUAACAAUAAUUAUUGGGUGUUGUAAUUCGAUUGUUGUUUCCAUUAAAAGUAGAUGUUUCAAUCAACUUUCACUUCAAGAAUUUCAUUUUUAGUCUAAGCAGUAUUUGAGGGUAGAAGAUGCCUAUUGUAAAUUGUUCUGGUUGUAGAAAAUUUGUACAAUUGUACGGAUGGCUUCUUAUUUUGGCCCACCAAUGCAAUUUGACUUCUCAA